GACGGCGUCGUCUGUGCUCCUCGUAAGUCUGUCGUGUAGUGAAGUGCAAAGGUUCUCGUCGCAUAAUGGCUGGCGGUAAGGCGGGCAAGGACUCUGGCAAAGCGAAGGCGAAAGCAGUCUCUCGUUCGGCGAGGGCCGGCUUGCAGUUUCCUGUGGGUAGGAUUCAUAGGCAUUUGAAAAACAGAACCACAAGUCACGGUCGAGUCGGUGCUACCGCGGCAGUAUACAGUGCAGCUAUCUUGGAAUACCUCACUGCUGAGGUACUAGAAUUAGCAGGAAAUGCAUCAAAAGAUCUGAAGGUUAAACGUAUCACACCAAGACAUCUUCAACUUGCAAUUCGUGGUGAUGAAGAAUUAGAUAGUCUCAUUAAAGCAACCAUUGCGGGAGGAGGUGUUAUUCCACAUAUCCACAAAUCGUUGAUCGGUAAGAAGGGUUCGCAGAAGCCAGCAUAAUUUAGUGAAUCAUUGCGGAACAUUUAAAGCUACGUAGGCAAAAAAACGAGAGAUGCGAAGCAGCAGAGUGAUUGUUGACAAAGUGUACCUAUGUUAUUAAAUUGAUGGCGAGACUGGCGUGAUAUAAAUAUAUAUAUAGAUAUAUAGUUAUAUAAAUAAAAACAAAUAUUGAUAUAAUUUAAUAUAGGUAAAUGAGAGUUAAAGAAAAGACAAAUUCUCACCAGGUAAUUGGCAUAUUCAAAAAGGGACAACUAAUAAUAAUUAUCGGUCUGAAGAAAAAAAAAAUUUUAGUGUAUGCGCUAUACUGCAAAUAAGUGACGAGCGAUGCGUUGUAGCAUGGCUCGUUUAAAGCUGCUAACAUUUUUGGUACAGUAAGUGUUCUAAAGGUUGGGGUAUUUAAGAACUUGGAUGUGUAAGGAUCGUUUAGAAGCUUCGCUUUCGUUCCCUUUGUUGGAUCAAUGGUGGUUUACUUUGUCUCUUUUUUAAAUGACCGCGUACAACCAACGCUAUUUUCUUAAAAUUUGCUAUCUAGAUAUAGCAUGACUAUUGUUUUUGAAAAGCUGUAUGAUAUGUGCAAGUAUUAAGUAGACCAAUAUUUUCAAUAUUUAACAUUUUAAAUUUUUACCUAUGUCU